UUAACCGCUGCGGACGUGUGUGUUGGAGACCGCGUCGCUCACCCGCUCCACAGCCCACCAGCUCCCCCGCCGCCGCUCUUUCCGCUAUUCGCUUCGCGUGUGCUGUGCAAUAAAUGAAAAUCAUGGGAUCUCAACCACGCAAAUAUUAAAGUGUGAAAUCGAAUCAAUCGAAUCUCUGUGAUCAAAACGCGAAGUAAUGCAAAGUUAAGCCGAUGCCCUCCCAAGUCCGUCCUCACCCCGAGUGUUAGUUUGCUUAAUUAAUUUAACAAUACAAUCGCGCCGCUUCGCAGCAAACAAAGGAAUAAUAUAUAAUAAAUAAAAAUUGUUUGCAAUCAAUAUGAGUGUUCCAAGCGCGCCCCAUCAGCGGGCAGCAAGUAAAAAUCAAAAACCAUGUCCAAAUGCAAAACACAAAUCCCGGCUUCGGCUGCCGGGGGCAACCUGUGGAGGAGCUCUGCUUUUGUUACUGAUUAGUCUGGGCCUGGACCUGGGCUCCGUGCAUUGUUAUGAAAAAAUGUAUAGUCAGACUGAGAAACAGCGCUACGAUGGCUGGUACAAUAACCUCGCCCAUCCCGACUGGGGAUCUGUGGACAGCCACCUGGUGCGCAAGGCACCCCCCUCGUACUCGGAUGGUGUCUAUGCGAUGGCAGGUGCCAACCGACCUUCGACCCGCAGGCUAAGCCGCCUCUUCAUGCGGGGCAAGGAUGGGCUGGGCUCCAAGUACAAUCGCACCGCACUGCUGGCCUUCUUUGGCCAAGUGGUGGCCAAUGAGAUUGUGAUGGCCUCGGAGUCCGGGUGCCCCAUUGAGAUGCAUCGCAUCGAGAUCGAGAAAUGUGACGAGAUGUACGAUCGAGAGUGCCGUGGCGACAAGUACAUACCAUUCCACAGGGCGGCCUACGACCGGAGCACGGGCCAGAGUCCAAAUGCGCCCAGGGAGCAGAUAAAUCAAAUGACUGCUUGGAUUGAUGGCAGUUUCAUUUACAGCACCUCCGAGGCCUGGCUCAAUGCCAUGCGAUCCUUCCACAACGGCACCCUGCUCACCCAGAAGGAUGGCAAGCUGCCGGUGCGGAACACCAUGCGAGUGCCGCUCUUCAAUAAUCCGGUGCCGAGCGUGAUGAAAAUGCUCAGUCCGGAGCGGCUAUUUCUUCUUGGCGAUCCGCGCACUAACCAGAAUCCAGCUGUCCUCUCAUUCGCUAUUCUCUUCCUGCGGUGGCAUAAUACUCUGGCCCAGCGAAUCAAGCGAUUGCAUCCGGAUUGGAGCGAUGAGGACAUUUAUCAGCGUGCCAGGCACACGGUUAUUGCCAGUCUCCAGAAUGUGAUUGUCUACGAGUAUCUACCCGCCUUUCUGGGCACCUCUCUGCCACCGUAUGAGGGGUACAAGCAGGAUGUGCAUCCGGGAAUAGGACACAUUUUCCAGGCAGCUGCCUUUCGAUUUGGUCACACAAUGAUUCCGCCAGGCAUAUACAGGCGCGAUGGUCAGUGCAACUUCAAGGAGACGCCCAUGGGUUAUCCAGCUAUCCGAUUGUGCUCCACCUGGUGGGACUCCAGCGGUUUCUUUACCGAUACAAGCGUGGAGGAGGUGCUGAUGGGUCUGGCCUCGCAAAUAUCCGAGCGUGAGGAUCCGGUUCUGUGCUCGGAUGUGCGGGACAAACUAUUCGGACCCAUGGAGUUCACACGCCGGGAUCUAGGUGCUCUAAAUAUUAUGCGAGGACGAGACAACGGUCUGCCGGACUACAACUCUGCCAGGGAGUCCUACGGCCUAAAAAGGCACAAGACCUGGACGGAUAUUAAUCCGCCAUUGUUUGAGACUCAGCCAGAACUCUUGGACAUGCUCAAGGAGGCUUACAACAAUCAGCUGGACGAUGUUGAUGUUUAUGUGGGUGGCAUGCUGGAAUCAUACGGUCAGCCGGGUGAGUUCUUUACGGCUGUGAUCAGGGAGCAAUUCCAGCGACUGCGUGAUGCUGAUCGUUUCUGGUUCGAGAAUGAGCGUAAUGGCAUCUUCACGCCUGAGGAGAUCGUGGAGCUACGCAAGAUCACGCUGUGGGACAUCAUUGUGAACAGCACGGAUGUGGCCGUGGAUGAGAUCCAGAAGGAUGUGUUUAUGUGGCGCAAAGGUGACCCCUGCCCGCAGCCCAUGCAGCUGAAUGCCACAGAGCUGGAGCCUUGCACCUAUUUGGAGGGCUAUGACUACUUCUCUGGCUCCGAACUGAUGUUCAUCUACGUUUGCGUCUUCCUGGGCUUUGUGCCCAUCCUGUGCGCCGGAGCCGGUUACUGUGUGGUUAAACUACAGAACAGCAAGCGGAGAAGACUGAAAAUUCGACAGGAGGCACUGCGUGCACCUCCCCACAAGGGAUCCGUGGACAAGAUGCUGGCAAGGGAAUGGCUGCAUGCCAACCACAAGCGAUUGGUUACCGUCAAGUUUGGCCCGGAAGCUGCCAUCUACACUGUGGACCGGAAGGGAGAGAAGCUGCGCAACUUUAGUCUGCAGCAUGUGGACGUGGUCAGCGUGGAGGAGUCGGCCACGAACCACAUCAAGAAGAAGCCGUACAUUCUGCUUCGCGUGCCCAGCGACCAUGAUUUGGUGCUGGAACUGGAGUCAUACGGAGCUCGGCGGAAGUUCGUGAAGAAGCUGGAGGAUUUCCUUUUGCUGCACAAAAAAGAGAUGACCUUGAUGGAGGUGAACAGGGACAUUAUGUUGGCGAGAGCCGAGACUCGUGAGCGACGUCAGAAGCGCCUGGAGUACUUCUUCCGGGAGGCGUAUGCCCUGACCUUCGGCCUGCGGCCUGGGGAAAGGCGCCGUCGAUCGGAUGCCUCCAGUGAUGGCGAAGUGAUGACCGUGAUGCGGACCAGUCUGUCUAAGGCGGAGUUUGCUGCCGCUUUGGGCAUGAAGCCCAAUGACAUGUUCGUGCGCAAGAUGUUCAAUAUAGUGGACAAGGACCAGGAUGGACGGAUCAGCUUCCAGGAGUUCCUGGAGACGGUGGUGCUCUUCUCGCGCGGCAAGACCGAUGACAAGCUGCGCAUCAUCUUCGACAUGUGCGACAACGAUCGCAACGGGGUCAUCGACAAGGGUGAACUGAGCGAAAUGAUGCGUUCGCUGGUGGAGAUUGCGCGGACAACGAGUCUGGGCGAUGACCAGGUCACCGAGCUGAUCGAUGGCAUGUUCCAGGACGUCGGGCUGGAGCACAAGAAUCACCUGACCUACCAGGACUUUAAGCUGAUGAUGAAGGAGUAUAAGGGUGAUUUCGUGGCCAUUGGGCUGGACUGUAAGGGGGCCAAGCAGAACUUCCUGGACACCUCCACGAAUGUGGCCCGCAUGACCUCGUUCAACAUUGAACCCAUGCAGGACAAACCCCGUCACUGGCUUUUGGCCAAGUGGGAUGCCUACAUCACGUUCCUCGAGGAGAACCGGCAGAAUAUCUUCUAUCUGUUCCUUUUCUACGUUGUGACCAUUGUGCUCUUUGUGGAGCGCUUUAUCCACUACUCAUUCAUGGCGGAGCACACGGAUCUGCGUCACAUCAUGGGUGUGGGCAUAGCCAUUACCAGGGGUUCAGCUGCCUCGCUAUCCUUCUGUUACUCGCUGCUGCUGCUGACCAUGUCCAGGAAUCUGAUUACCAAGCUGAAGGAGUUUCCCAUUCAGCAGUACAUUCCCCUGGACUCGCAUAUUCAGUUCCACAAGAUCGCCGCCUGUACGGCUCUCUUCUUCUCGGUGCUGCACACGGUGGGCCACAUUGUGAACUUCUACCACGUGUCCACACAAUCCCACGAGAAUCUGCGCUGCCUGACCCGGGAGGUGCACUUCGCCUCUGACUAUAAGCCGGACAUCACGUUCUGGCUCUUCCAGACUGUAACCGGAACCACGGGUGUCCUGUUGUUCAUCAUCAUGUGCAAUUUUGUGUUUGCGCAUCCCACGAUCCGGAAGAAGGCCUACAACUUCUUUUGGAACAUGCACACCCUAUAUAUCGGCUUGUACUUGCUCAGCUUGGUCCACGGACUGGCCAGGCUGACAGGUCCGCCCCGCUUCUGGAUGUUCUUCCUGGGACCGGGCAUCGUUUACACCCUGGACAAGAUCGUUUCGCUGCGUACCAAGUACAUGGCACUGGACGUCAUUGAAACGGAUUUACUGCCCUCUGAUGUGAUCAAGAUCAAGUUCUACCGCCCGCCCAACCUAAAGUAUCUUUCUGGUCAAUGGGUGCGGUUGUCUUGCACCGCCUUCCGGCCGCAGGAGAUGCACAGCUUCACGCUGACCUCGGCGCCGCACGAGAACUACCUCAGCUGCCACAUCAAGGCCCAGGGCCCGUGGACGUGGAAGCUGCGCAACUACUUUGAUCCCUGUAACUACAAUCCGGAGGAUCAGCCCAAAAUCCGGAUAGAGGGUCCGUUUGGAGGCGGCAAUCAGGACUGGUACAAGUUCGAGGUGGCUGUGAUGGUGGGCGGUGGCAUCGGUGUGACCCCCUACGCCUCCAUUCUCAACGACUUGGUCUUUGGUACGAGCACCAAUCGGUACUCGGGAGUUGCCUGCAAGAAGGUCUACUUCCUGUGGAUUUGUCCCUCGCACAAGCACUUCGAGUGGUUUAUCGAUGUGCUGCGCGAUGUGGAGAAGAAGGACGUGACCAAUGUGCUGGAGAUACACAUAUUCAUCACGCAGUUCUUCCACAAGUUUGAUCUGAGAACAACAAUGCUGUACAUCUGUGAAAACCACUUCCAGCGGCUGUCAAAGACCUCAAUAUUCACUGGCCUCAAGGCAGUGAAUCAUUUCGGUCGCCCGGACAUGUCCAGCUUCCUGAAGUUCGUCCAAAAGAAGCACUCUUAUGUCUCCAAAAUAGGCGUCUUCUCGUGCGGCCCACGGCCGCUGACCAAGAGCGUGAUGUCUGCCUGUGAUGAAGUUAACAAAACACGCAAGUUGCCUUAUUUCAUACACCAUUUCGAGAACUUUGGAUAGAUCUGCCAGCGCCAGCGAUAAAACCCAUUCACACCUGCCAGCUGUCCGCGCUCACCCCCUGUUCUACCUGCCUGCCGCCCGUUUCUCUCUCAACGAAAGCUAAUUAAUUGUACUCCUAAGGUUCAUUCACUAGGCUAAGCCAACUCGAAUUCGGCAGAAUCCCCUGUACUUAACUCUCGCCCUCUCUCUUAAUCCUAGGCUACGCGUACAAUCAUAGUUUAGAAAUGUUUUGUUUAGUGUAUUAUAUAUGAGAAAUGUAUCACCUGUAUCCCAUUGUAACAAAAAAUCUGAGAAAGAUCAACAAAAGCAAGAUCAACAACAAAACGGCCUCUACUUAUGUAUAUGUAUGUAUGUAUGUAUAUGUGUAUUUAUUGAAAAUAUGAUUUGUUAUCAGUUUUUGUAAA